AUGACAAUCUAUCGGCUGAUGUCCUGGAUGCAUACCAGUAGUAAUAUGGUAUCCGAAACCAAAGUCUCGCACCUCAUCAGAGAUGUAAUGAUGGCAGAUGAUUUCAACCCUAAGGACCUUGAGGACUUUUCAAUAAGGCGAAGCUUGCGAGAGUUGGAUACAGACAACAAGAGGAGAAGAGUUACUUUUCCAGAUGACUGGAUCAAGACCAGCAUCACUAUUAGCAUUCUGACAAAGUCAAAGGAGGAAGACCCUCAGCCAUAUACUACUCCUGGAUUCCACUAUCGCCCUCUGGUCGAGGUCAAACAUGCAGAAUUUGCAGAUGUCCAAGCCAGGGCAUUUCAUCUAUCACCUUUCCAAUGGUUGUGGAAAGACCCUCUGGAUAGCCACCAAGAGCGGAUUUUUGACAAGCUUUACACUUCUGAUGCCUGGCUGGAGGCUCAAGACAACCUGCAGAAGUUGCCAAAGGAGCCUGGGUGCUCAUUGGAAUACGUCAUCACAGGUUUGAUGUUAUUUUCCAAUGCAACCUAUUUGGCAAACUUCAGGGACCAUGAAAGCUUGGCCACUUUAUCUGUAUUUCAGAAACCUGACGAAAUAUGCAUGAUUAUUGCCUUUAUCGGGAGCAUGUCACAUUGUAGGGUUUUUACCCUCUGUAAGUCCUGUUUGAUGUGA